AUGACGACCUCCGCACUCCGGCGCCAGGUGAAGAACAUCGUGCACAACUACUCCGAGGCGGAAAUCAAGGUGCGCGAGGCCACCAGCAAUGACCCCUGGGGCCCCUCUAGUUCGCUCAUGUCCGAGAUCGCUGACCUGACCUUCAACACAGUGGCAUUCACCGAGGUCAUGGGCAUGCUGUGGCGGCGGCUCAAUGACAGCGGCAAGAACUGGCGGCACGUGUACAAGGCUCUGACAUUGCUGGACUACCUGCUCAAGACGGGCUCCGAGCGGGUGGCCCACCAGUGCCGCGAGAACCUCUACACCAUCCAGACACUCAAGGACUUCCAGUACAUCGACCGCGACGGCAAGGACCAGGGCGUCAACGUGCGCGAGAAGGUCAAGCAGGUGAUGGCCCUGCUCAAGGACGAGGAGCGGCUGCGGCAGGAGCGAACCCACGCCCUCAAGACCAAGGAGCGCAUGGCACUGGAGGGCAUCGGCAUUGGCAGUGGGCAGCUGGGCUUCAGCCGCCGCUACGGCGAGGACUACAGCCGCUCCCGGGGCUCCCCGUCCUCCUACAACUCCUCCUCUUCGUCACCCCGCUAUACCUCCGACCUGGAGCAGGCCCGGCCUCAGACAUCAGGAGAAGAGGAAUUGCAGCUGCAGCUGGCCCUAGCCAUGAGCCGUGAGGAGGCAGAGAAGCCUGUCCCCCCAGCCUCCCACAGGGACGAGGACCUGCAGCUGCAGCUGGCUCUGCGCCUGAGCUGGCAGGAGCACGAGAAGGAGGUGAGGUCCUGGCGGGGUGAUGGCUCCCCCAUGGCCAAUGGUGCAGGGGCUGUGGUCCACCAUCGGCGGGACAGAGAGCCUGAGAGAGAAGAGAGAAAGGAGGAGGAGAAGCUAAAAACCAGCCAGUCCUCCAUCCUGGACUUGGCUGACAUCUUCGUACCUGCCCUGGCCCCGCCCUCCACACACUGCUCUGCUGACCCAUGGGACAUCCCAGGUUUUAGGCCGAACACAGAGGCCAGUGGCUCCUCCUGGGGGCCUUCUGCAGACCCCUGGUCUCCGAUCCCCUCAGGAACCGUCCUGUCCCGGAGCCAGCCCUGGGAUCUGACUCCCAUGCUCUCCUCCUCUGAGCCCUGGGGCAGGACCCCAGUGCUGCCGGCUGGGCCACCCACCACAGACCCCUGGGCACCGAACUCUCCCCACCACAAACUCCCCAGCACUGGGGCUGACCCUUGGGGAGCCUCCCUGGAGACCUCCGACACACCUGGUGGUGCCUCGGCCUUUGACCCAUUUGCCAAACCUCCAGAAUCCACAGAGACCAAGGAGGGGCUGGAGCAGGCCCUGCCCUCUGGGAAGCCCAGCAGCCCUGCGGAGCUGGACCUGUUUGGAGACCCCAGUCCCAGUUCCAAGCAAAAUGGCACGAAGGAGCCAGAUGCCCUGGACCUGGACAUACUAGGGGAAGCACUAACCCAGCCAAGCAAAGAGGCCCGAGCUUGCCGGACUCCCGAGUCCUUCCUGGGCCCCUCGGCUUCUUCCUUGGUCAACCUUGACUCGUUGGUCAAGGCACCCCAGGCUGCAAAAACCCGGAACCCCUUCCUGACAGGUCUCAGCGCUCCAUCCCCCACCAACCCGUUUGGCGCGGGCGAGCCGGGCAGGCCGACGCUAAACCAGAUGCGCACCGGGUCGCCGGCGCUGGGCCUGGCAGGCGGGCCUGUGGGGGCGCCCCUGGGCUCCAUGACCUACAGCGCCUCUCUGCCCCUCCCGCUCAGCAGCGUGCCAGCCGGCUUGACCCUCCCCGCCUCGGUCAGCGUCUUCCCGCAGGCCGGAGCCUUCGCACCGCCCCCCGCUGGCCUGCCGCAGCCGCUGCUGCCCACGCCGAGCUCCGCCGGGCCGCGGCCCCCGCCCCCGCAGACCGGCACCAACCCCUUCCUCUGAGCACCGCCCCGUCCCAGGCCGGCCUGCGCCUGCGCGAGACGCCCCGCGGCCCCCCCCGUCUGCGCCUGCGCGAGACGCCCCGCGGCC